AUGCCUGCUUAUCAUUCUUCUUUUUUGAGCAUCCCUAAUGUUCCAACGACUGGCAACUUGGCCAUGUUGCCGUUGAAAACAAAAUUCCGUGGCCCUGCUUAUCCAGCCGAUGCAAAUCAAAUGGAUAUCAUCGACGAAUGUAUUAGCCUUUUCCGCGCAAACUGCUUUUUCCGUAACUUUGAAAUUAAGGGCCCUGCCGAUCGUACUCUGAUUUAUGGAACUCUCUUUAUUAGUGAAUGUCUAGGAAAACUGACUGGAUUGAGCUGCCGUGAUGCAGAACGUCACUUGAACAGUCUUGCUCUAGAGAACUUUUCCAUCCCAGGUUCUCCUGGGUUUCCUUUGAAUGCUCUUUAUUCUCCUCCUGCCUCUACUCAGGAAUCUGAAUUGAUGCGUAGUUACCUUACUCAAUUCCGCCAAGAAUUGGCCUUCCGUCUUUUGUCCCAUGUUUAUGCUACAGAAAAGACACACCCUAGCAAAUGGUGGACUUGUUUCAGUAAGAGACGAUUUAUGAACAAGGCUCUUUAA